AUGUCUAAUCUUCCACCACUUAAUGAUCCCGAGCGUGACGUUGCUGAACGCCAAGCUUUGGGAACAAAAGUAAAGAUGGAGGAGGUCGUCGAAGCUUUUAGUGAAGGAAAACUCCCGACGACUAAGCAAAUAACCGAGACCAUCACCAAAGUUCAAGAGUCGGAAACUCUUCAUGAUGUAUCGCAUCAGUUAUCACCGUUAGGCAGAAAAAUCUUGUCCGACACUGAAAAAUUGUUGGAUACCACGAAGCGAGUGUUAAAAGAAAAGAAUCGGGGAGAACAGUUGCAGAAUUUGAUCUUUUAUGGAGGUCAGACUGCUAAGAGUAUGGGAGACAAAGUACCAACCGACAUUCCAGAAGAUCUAAAAGCGAAAGCUCGCGGCGAAACGGACAAAACAACCGAGCUCGUUAAGGAAGGCUUCAGCAAAGGAGCAAAUGUUGCUCGACUACUCAUCACUCGUCCUGAAUUUAGAAGAUUAAUUGGAGAUUUGCAUUCCCUUAUUCAAGAAGCAAUCGCCAAAGGUUUUGAUAAAAUUGACCAAACUAUUCAGAAAUCUCGCGAGGUUGCCGGUGCCGAAGAUCCUACUGCAGCAACUGGUGAUGCAAUGCAAGACGUCCAAGAAAAUAUUGAAAACACCCGUCCGACUGAUCGUGCUCAAGAAGCUGCGGAAGCUUAUAAAGCUGGUGACAUAGAUAAAGCUACUGAACGUGCCGGGUAUAAGAUGACACGGGAACAACGUGAAAACCUGGUUAACCGAUUCAAAAAUCUAAUGAUUCAAACUCAAAGCACCCCAGAAUACCAAGAAGCAAUCCAAGAUCUUAUAAACAUCAUCAGUCAUAUUAGUGAUAAAACCCAAGAACUCACCGCAAAAGUAGCAGAAGCAAGCGAACCACUCACCGAAGAAGCGAGAACUCCCUCCGUCGAUGAGGUCGAAAGAAAUGCCAAAGAACUGAUUGAAAAUUUUGCCAAUCAUCGUUCACUCGACAAUUUGAUAGCCGCAUUAAAAGAAUUUAGCGUAAAAGUCAGAACGCAUGAUGAAUUAUAUCAAUACUUUGAUGACUUGCGCGAGUUCGCAUUGAAAUCACUGCUUGAUGUUGAGUUCGUCAAGAAUACUGAUUAUACAUCACGUGGCUCCGAUUUGAUUGAACGUGGUCGUGUUCUUCUUUUAGAACAGUAUGGUGAUAUCACGCAGAAUAUUUCUAGGGAGGCUGCAUUGUUUAAUAAAGGCUUGCAAGAGGAUUCAACCACUACUCAACUUAAGAAGGAUCUUGAGGUUCUCACAAAAGAUCUGUUCUUGGAUGACAAGAAUAGACCAGCAUUUAAAUUCGAGCUAAUUAAAGACAUUGCCAAGAUAAUUCAAGUUCUCGGCGCUCAGUUCAAUUAUAUUGCACUUCCAAGAAUCGAACAUGCGGACGAUCAAAACGAAUAUAUCUUCGACAACAUCGUUCUCCACAUUCCGCAACUGGUCGCUCGACACAUCCAUCUUAAUCUAACAGCCGACAUUGAUCUUGAUCGUCAAGAAGACCAAGUUCUCGAGAACACGAUCACACUUGAUAUCACAAAGAUAGCAGCAGAUGCUCGCAACAUCGCCUUCUUCUAUCGACAGAAAGGCUCAUUUGUUAAAUGGAUGGAUGUUGGCCAUAUUGACUUUGCUGUUCCUGAAGAAAGCGGUGGUCUCUGUCUCCACAUGAAACUAAUGUUGAAUGCUAACAAUGAUGAUACUACGCCGUCAACGUUCCAAAUUGUGGAACUUCAUUCUCGCAUUUCGGAAUUGAAAUUCCGCCUGCAUAACACUAAACACGACACCUUGUACAAGUUCAUAACUCCAUUGUACGAGAAACGUAUCAAGAAACAAAUUGAAAAUAGUAUCAAUGAUAUGUUGAGAAAUGCGAUUAACUACAUCGAUGAACAGAUCUGUACGAUCAAAAGGAAAUCCCUAACAAAACCAGCACAAGAAGCGGAAGAGGAAGAGUUGGAGGAACCGACGCAGAAACAACCUUGGCAAUCAUCAGCUUUCGAUCCUCGUCUUGAUUAUUCAAUCGGUGUAGCCGAUCCUAAUGAGCGCGUUAAUGAGCCUUCGUCUUCAACAUCUCUUCCUACUGCACGCGUCUAA